AUGAAGAUUUACUUCCAGACGGUCGAUGUGGGCCGUGAAGUAACAGACAGUCAAGCCUGGGACCGCGAGGUGCUCGUCCAGGUAUCUUCAUUACAACAAACAAACUUCCACGCGGUAAAGCUACUACCGCGGCACCGCGACCCAUCAGAGUGGCACAUCUCGGUGAGAUCCGGCGGUAAAGACGGUGAGGAUGAGGAGACCAUCAUCGUGGACGACUCGAUGCAGAACAAGUUCAACAUCAGGUGCAACGCGCUGGUCUACGACCACGAGCAAGAGGACUUGAUCUCCAUGUUGAACAUGUCACCGACGACGGUCGCCUGUAUGGUGAAAAGGGGAUGA